GAGAUCCGAAAUUUCCCAUGAAGCAUCGCGCACUGACCACUGACAGUGAGUGAGUUUGUCGCGGGGAAUUUAAGAUCUGUGUAGUCACCCUCCUGUCGUACAUGGUAUCUCUUCUUACGGACUCUGCCUCUACUACUUCAGCCGGCAAUGCGUUCCAACUUUGAACAGUCCUGACCGCAAACGACUGACGGCGCACCAAGGAUGGCCUCGGUCAUAUGCGUCCCUGGCAAUAAUGAAGCUAUCCUCCUAGAGGUCGGAGCGAAAGUGUCGGCCAAAUUCCAAGGGCCCCCUGUCGGCUACUAUGAGGCAGAGAUAGUCGACAUCCUAGAAUGUGUUGAAUAUGAGGUCUCUUUUGAAGACAAUCCAAAAAAGAAGGUGAAAGUCGGUGCAGAGAAGGUGCAGUUUUUCAUCAAGGAAAAGGAAUAUGUCGAGGUAGAGACAGAUGAUGGUUGGAAAAAAGCCCUCCUCCAUAAGUUUCAUGACAGUAGCGAAUAUACUGUGGUAUUUGAGGACGGUCUGAAACGCAGUAUGGGGCGCAACAAGAUAAAACCUCUGAAACCUGAGCGUGCGGAUCCUGGAAAGAAAGUCCAUUCACUGAAACGAAAGGUUUCAGCCCAGGGAAAGAGGAUCCCACAGACACAAGCACAGGUGUCUGAGUGGGAGGCUAAGGUGGAGACCUUAUCUGAGUGGCUGUCUGACACAGAAGAACUUGUGGCCAACCAGCUGCAGAGACCACCAUCUUCUCAGUUGAAGAUCAUUGAGGCACAACUUCAGGAGCAGAAGCUGCUUAAGAGGCUAGUGGAUGACAAGAAGCCGACGGUCGACUCCCUGAAGCAGGAGGCAAAGCAGCUGUCCAGUAUCGCAGACCCUGGGGACCGCAGGAACAUUCAGCAGCAGCUAACGGACCUGUUCCAGCGCUGGGACGCUCUCACCAUCAACACUACAGACAGAAAACAGAAACUUGAAGACAUCUUGGAGGCUGCCAAGGAUUUCAAGGAUGCAUUUGACCCCCUGGUGGAGUGGGUUGAGGCCACAGAGAGGAAACUGUCAUCUCAGCAGCCAAUCACCACAGACCCUGCCAAGAUGGAGGCAGACACAACAGAGCAUCAGGCCAUCACCAGAGACAUUGCUGACCAUAGGGAAGCUGUAGAAGAUGCAGUAGAAACUGGGAAAUCUCUCCUGGCACAAACUACAGGAGAUGAUGUCCAUGUCAUUCAAGAGAGACUUGACAUCCUGGAGGACCGAUACGCCAACAUCUCCUCCACGGCCAAUGGCAGGCAGCAGAGAUUGCAGCAAGCUCUCCCACUGGCCAGGAAGUUUAAAGAUGCCACUGAGAAGCUGUCUGAUUGGCUGGACAAGGUUGAGGCUGAUAUGGGUACAGCUGAGGUUGCUGCUGGUUCUGAACAAGAGCUGGAGAGAUUCAGGGUCAUCACCAAAGACAUUACUGACCAUAGGGCAGCUGUAGAAGACGCAGUAGAAACUGGGAAAUCUCUCCUGACACAAGCUACAGGAGAUGAUGUCCAUGUCAUUCAAGAGAGACUUGACAUCCUGGAGGACCGAUAUGCCAACAUCUCCUCCACGGCCAAUGGCAGGCAGCAGAGAUUGCAGCAAGCUCUCCCACUGGCCAGGAAGUUUAAAGAUGCCACUGAGAAGCUGUCUGAUUGGCUGGACAAGGUUGAGGCUGAUAUGGGUACAGCUGAGGUUGCUGCUGGUUCUGAACAAGAGCUGGAGAUAUUCAGGGAAUACAAGAAGCAGGUUGAUGGACACAAGCACCUGGUGGCGAACAUGAACGAGGCUGGAGCCAAAGUGAUGGAGUUGAGUCCCGGGGAAGGGGCACGUUCCGUGGAACACAAGAUAGCAAACAUCAACCAGCGAUAUGACUCAGUGAUUGCUGCUUUGUCUGGCAAGAAUGGGGAUUCUCUGAAUGUGCUAGCCCAGCAAGAGGAAGAGGGCCUCACACAGACACAAGCACAGGUGAGUAAUGAAAAGUUCUCCUUACUUUGA